AUGCACCUUUUGCGGCAUACAAAUCACAUACUGUAUCACAGAGCACAUCAUAGCUCCCUAUACUCCGUGCACUCCAUAGCAGACCAUUCAGUGGUAAGUGCCGCGUCUCACGGCCUUACAAACUCGCAAAGUCUAUUCCACGAACCUGACAGUCGGAGACGCACGGCGUACCUGACAGCUGGAGGAAUGAAUGAGGAAGGGCAGCUAUCCCAUGGUUCAUCACCACCAUUCCAUAAGCUCGCCCCUUUCUUGGGCAUCAUUUGUGGAUUCCGACGGUGGUUGAGCGGACCGACUUCCCUCGGAAUGGCUCUUCGUUGGCCGCCUGUCACCCUGUCUGAAGCUGUGGCGCCUGUCCCGCAGGCUUGUUGA